CAUUGGCGAACGCAUCUAUGGUGAGGUUGAAUGAGGCAUCUAUGUGUACAUGUACAUCUACGCGCACAGACGCUGGCUUUAUCAGUGUGCGAGCACUGAGCGGGAGCGCGCAGGAUUUAUUAUAUCAUUCAGGUGGAUUCUCCUGUAAUCACACAUAAACGAAUUCAAUCGUUUCAUCAUAAUCAUAAUCAUCAUCUCUCCUGCUCCGCGCGUGUAUGUGAAUGAUGCGCGUGCUCGUCUUCUGCACGGCGGUGUGUGUUCUGAAUGCCGUAGUGAGAUGUCUCCCUCUGCUGGAUGAGAAGGGUGCAGGUGACUGCAACACUAAAGAUGUCAGUAUGAGUACAAACAUGAACGGGCCAGGAACAGACUGUACUGCGGUAGAGUCAGAUGAUGUACUGAACACUGAGAGACACAAAGCUCUACUGAGAGAAUUACAGGAACUAGCAGAACCAGAGGGAGAGAGAAAGAGCAAGCGAGGAUAUGCCCGUGAUGAUUAUAAACAGAAAGGCAGAGAUGAAGAUGAAGAGUGGGAGGAGGAUGAAGAAGAUGAUGAAGGUGUGAUGGAGAAUGAGCAAAAUGAGAGAGAUCUGGAGGAGCUGCUGGAGUUGAGAGAGACACAGAGGACACGGGACGAAGAGAAACGACAACAGAUGGAGUCGGAGGAUGAGAGGAGCACAGAGCUGGAGCUGAUGAUGGAGGUGCAGAAGGUGGAGAAGGAGCUGAAGCAGCUGCUGGAGGAGCAGAUGAACGACACGCAGAGCUGGAAAAGAGAGCAGGAGAAACAGCAGAAGCAGGAGGAACUGCAGGAGCUGCUGAGGAAGAUGAGUCGGGCGCAGGAGGAAGAUGAAAAGAAGAAUCGGAGCAGAACCGACGGACAGACGGACAAAAGAGAGACGCUGCAGAAGAGAGAGAUGGAGAAGGCCAGCGAUGAAGCCACCCGACAGUUUGAGAGAGAAAGAGAGAGACAAAGAGAGGAAGAUGAAGAUGAGGAGCUGCUGGAAAUUGAAGCUGACUUGAGGAAGGUGGCAGCUGAACUUCGGGAACUACGCCACGGUUAAACACGUACACACAUUUAUAAUAGUUUAAAUAACCCACACACACAUAAACAAACUAUAAUCGCUUUAACUAACCAUCAACUUCUGUUUGUCUUAGAUGUGAAAUAAGAUAUUAUUCAUCUCGUAGUGAUGAUUUUACUGUCAGAGUGUUCAGAAAACCAGAAACAAGCCAUAAUGCAGUUCUUCAAGCUAAGACGCAUACAUUUGUGUUUUGAGCUUUUGUGUGUGUGUGUUUGGUUCUCAGUUGUUUAUUAAAGGGGACAUAUUAUGAAAAUCUGACUUUUUCCAUGUAUAAGUGCUAUAAUUGGGUCCCAUGUGCUUUUAUCAACCUGGAAAAUGUAAAAAAAAAACCCAGUAACUUAGUUUUGGUAAUCAUUCUCUGCAAGCAUGUGAACAAAUAGAUCAUUGAAAUUUGGCUCCCCUUGUGAUGUCAGAAGGGGAUCUUAUUAUAAUAAUACCGCCUUUUAAUCUGCACUAUCCAACCAUGACACAGCCAUUUUGUGCAGAGAGAGAGAGAGAAAAUAAUUGACUGCACAAUUGAGUUUCAACUUCAACAAACCACCAUUAUGGUGAUCAGUGUUUGCAUUAUCAGCUCUUGCAUUUUAAGGGACAAACCCACAUUUUUGCUCACACCUACAAAGUGUCUUAUAAUAAAUUAUCUGUGGUGUUUUUUAAGCUAAAUAAUAUCUUGGCAUAUGUACUCUUGGGACACCAAAGAUUUAUUUACAUUUAAUAAAAAGUCAUAAUAUGUCCCCUUUAAACAUAACUCACAGGCCACGCCCCUUUGCUUACAUCACACAGAUACAGACUGUUUGAACUGAAAUACUCUCAGCCGUGACUGCUCAUUCUAAUAAUUAAACAUUAAUAUUUGUGUAAUAAUGCAGUAAUGAUAAAAUACAUAUAAUCACAUAUAAUAUAUUGUGCACUUAUGCGCUCUUGACUGUUACUGUGUGCGUGUUUGCGCAUGCGUGCGU